AUGGAAACUGAUUUAUUAUUACAAAAUAUGGAGGGAAAUUUUCAAUCACUUCGAAGUAUGUGGAAUACGAAAGUACAAGAAGAACAGAAAUUAUUAAAACCAAAAUCGAUUAUAUAUCGAUCACAAUCCGAAUUAGUACAGAAAGCAUCAUCAACAAAAAAUGAAAGACGAUCUAUAAUGAUUGCAGAUGAAACAGUUUCACACAAAAAAGAAUUGACAGUAACAUUUGAUGAUCAAAAGAUAUCUGAUUUGAAAUCAAUUGAAACAUUAUCAUCGGUGGAUGAGAGCGAGGAUACUAUUCCACUUCUUCCUCCACCACCACCAUCAAUUGUUUUUAAAGGACAAGCUCAGUCAAUUUCUAUAAUGAAACAAAGUGUUUCGAAAAUGUUUAAUUUUGAUAAAAAGAAAACUCACUUUAAUAAUGUUAAAACGAAUGGUAUUCGUCAUUGGCAUAUAGCUCGUCAUGUUUUUCGUAGUGGUCUUAUAUUUAGCCCAACAAGACGUGCAUCUGAUAGUAUUCUACCAUUAUUAAUAAGAACUCAUAUUGCUCAAUAUCAAUCGCGAACAGCUAGUCUCGAUAGUAUUUUUACUCCAACACCAUUGGAAAGUCUUAUCGAUUAUCUUACAUAUGAUAAUGAUAAUAAACAAAUGAAUAUACCAGAAAAAAAAGUACCUGUAAAACGAAUGAUAUCAGAUACAGGUGCUUGUAUUGAACGAAAUAAAUUAAAUGAUACAAUUGCUCAAUAUGAAGUAUUGAUGCGUCAUUUAAAAAAUUAUGAUAAAUUUAUGGCAACAUAUCCUGUACCACCAUCUUCAUCAUCUCCAAAACGAAAAUCAAUUGAUACUGAAGAUAUAAGAAAUAAAAAUGGUGGUGAUGAUGAUGAUAAUAUUCAACAAAUUUCAACUGCUACAUCAUCAAUUCGAAGUCGACAAACACAAUCAUUAGCAAGAAAUGUUGGACGAACAUUUACAGAUUUUAUUAUGAAUGAUCUUUUAUUAUUACCCGUAUCUAAAACAUCAUCGGAUGAACCACGACGUUUAAGUACUAUUCAUGCUGCGUCACAAACAGAUUUAAUUGAAUUAAUACCUAAAGAAGAAGAAGAAGAAGAAAUAAAACAAGUGGUAGAUGAAUUUAAUACUAUUAUUAAAAAUAUUGAAGAUGAAGAUAAAGAAGAAGAAAAAGGAAAAGAAGCAGAGGUGGAGGAAGAAGAAGAAAAGCCAGAGGAAGUUCCAUUAACAGCUAACAGUGAAAUUAAUGUUAUUAUUGUUAAUUCUUCUGAAAUGCAAGUAGCCGAACAAGAAGUAGCAGUAAAAAUACAACAAAAUGGAGAAAAAUCACUUAUUCAACGUUUAUUUGAAGGAAAAAAAACUGCAUAUACACCAGAUGAUAUUCAAAUGGAAACUACUCGAAUACCGGAAGAAUUAAUGAAUACAUUUGAAAUUGCAAAGAGAAAAUGUUUUUUCAAUACAGAACGAGUUCUAUAUGCAACAAAAAUGAUUAAAAUUGAUCGUCGUGGUUAUAAACAACAUGUUCGAAUUUUCUGUAUAACAACUGAACGACUUUAUAUAAUAACUAAAAAAGAUCCGUAUCCAAAAGAAGCUGUUUUAUUUAAAGAUGUACUUGGUAUUAGUUGUACACCACGAAAUGAUGGUUUUAUAUGUUUACAUACAAGAGAAACACGUGAAGAUCGAGGUGAUUGGAUUUUUCUUGUUGAUCAUCCAUGUGAAUGUAUUACUCAAAUUUUUAUGGCUCUAGGAAGAAAUGAUAAUAAUGAUCAUUAUCUCAAAAUUAAAACUGAAUUCAAACACACACGUCGAAGUCUUGCUACUGUACCGGAUGAUUGUUCAAUUGCAUCUCGAUCAGCAGAAACAUUUCAUAUUGAAUUUGAAAAUUAUGAAGUUCUAGCUAUUACAAAAGUAAAUAAUCCAUAUCAUGUAGUCGCUGAUGUUCAAGUGCCGUUCAAUGUAACACUGACUAUUACAGCCGGUGUACAAAUCAUUUAUGACAAUCUCGGUGAUUAUGAAAUGCUUGUUAAAGGCUUUCUAAAGGUACAAGGAACAAAUGCAGAACGUGUUGUGUUUAAUGGAUCGGCUGCAACAAAUAACAACAGAUGGAUGUUGACAUUCAAAGCAGCAAAUUUAACCCAAUCCUCAAUUGUUAAUGCUCAAUUUAUUGGACCUAAACAAUCAGUAGGUUUACUUGAAGUACCCAAUGGUAUUCCUUUGAAUACAGGUGAAUUAAUAGUUGAUCGUUGCAUAUUCACUGGCACUCAAAUUAAUACAUAUUCCACUUUAUUUGAUCCAUCGGGAACUAAUCCGAUUUCUUCGUUAGUUGUUCAAAAUUCAACUAUAACUGAUUCAAUUGUAUCGAAUGGUGGUUUUAACAGUGAUCCUCAAUUGAUUAAACUUUUAGGUAAUCAACUUCAAAAUGUGACUAUCAAUGCGACUGCUCAUUACAAUGGCAUGAGAAUGUCUAAUUGUCAAGGUGGUAAUGUUUCUAUUUACUGGCGUGGUUAUACCAAAGCCUACUUCGAAAUUAAUGAUACAAAAUUAACAAAUCUAUCUGUUAAUUUUAGUCCAUUUUAUGGAAUAGAGACUUUUUUCACCAUACGACGAUCAACUCUUCUUAAUGCAACUAUUCAGUUGAUUGGACCAAGUUAUGAUAGCACAGUGAAUCAUCUUGACAUCAUUUGUAGUAAACUUACAGUUCCUGGACAAAUCGAAAUGGCAACAGGAUCAAUUCAAAAUUCGACAAUUACGAGUUCUGGAAAUCAAACAAAUACAACCGGUGUCUUUGCGGGAGCAAUAUCCAUUGUUAACUCAUCGAUCUUUGCUUUUGAUGUUGGUGUCAGCAUUUUUGCAUACAAAGAUCCAAUGGGUAUUAUAAAUAACAGCAAUUUUUACAAAAAUUCCGUUUACAACAUCAUGAAUUUGGGAAAUUCUGAUGUGAAUGCAACUGGUAACUGGUGGGGUACGAAAAAUGACAUCAGCGAUACAUUGUAUGAUUAUUGGAAAAAUAUCAACUAUGGAGAAAUUUUUUAUAAUAAUUUUGCACAAAGCCGUAUUGAACAACAAUGUUAA